CACUCAAGUUUUACCCCCUGCGUUUUGGAGCCACAAUGCAGGUGUGUGUGAGUGAUGAUUACGAGCUUGGCUACCAGCAGUCAGUGCCGUUUGGUGGUUUCUUCAGUUGCAAUGCUGGUAAUCCGCUUGGAGUCCCGAAAUCCGCAGUCAACGGCCAGGAUUCAAACCUGGCGUCGUUUGUCAGUCAGUCUGGUCCAUCUGGUUGGCCGAAGUCCUGUCCAACCGGUUACUCUCAACACCUUGGCGCCAUCGAGGAAGAUUGUGAGAUCAACUUUUGUGUCAAAGCGAACAUAUUCAACAACCAGGGAUUACCAAUCAUCAAAAGACCUCCCUACUCAAGUGCGCCUAAAAUUUUCAACUACUCUGUGCCUUUGCUUUUAGUUAACCACGACACUGGCCAGAUCUGGUUUAAACGUCCCGGCUCUCUUCAGUGGACUUUAGCAACUAAAAGCUCUGUUGCGGAGUUCGCAGCUGUAUCCAGCAUAGACGGACCUGGUAUAGUUGGCAUGAAUCUCGCCGAGACCAACACGCAAGACAAACAAAAGUCUUCCCAGGGCACCCCUGAUAAAAUGGGCGCUGGAACUGCGGCUGGUAUUACGUUUGGCGUUACGGCUUUUGUCGGAUUAGCUAUCGCUGCCAUGGUGAUCGGCUGGCGCCGGCACAAGAGCGUUCACAGGGACAGCAGUGGUUUGAUGGAGCCGCUGAAUUCGCGCAUUGGAUAUGGCACUACCAACGAUGAAAGCAGCCCACGAGUUUGAUUAUAAAACUUGCUGCUGAGCAGCAUGUUUCACUUUUAGCAAUCUGAUGAUGAUGACGACGACGACGACGAUGAUCAUGACGACGGCGACGGCGACGUCGACGAUGACGAUGAUGAUGAUAGCAAUAAUAAUAUAACAUCCACAGAAAGAUGUCUAGUGUAAGCAAGUGGGUCAGUUUGUAGCUGCAUGUGUCGCGGUCAUCUUGAGUUCACCCACCUGCUGGAGACAUUUUUAGACCGAAUUUCUAGAAUUCCUAGUACAUUAAAUUAACAUGGAUAAAGCAACUCAGAUCGUUUAGCGUAACUGUAAUUCCAGUCACCACAAUCAUGUUAAACUUUGAUACUCUUCGCCUUUUUAGGACGCGUGCAAUGAGAGCGCGCUCAAUAGAGAGUUAAGCAUGCGCACGUUGUAAUCUUUGAAAAACUAUCGCAUGAUACUAAUAGAAAUAAAAACAAAUUGUUGCUGUGUA